AUUAUAACCCUAGUUCUUCUUUUUUUUCUUCUCUAGAACACCCCGAUGAUCUCUCUCGCUAGCUCUAUGUUCUUCAUCAUUUCGUGAUUUGAUCUUGAAAUGUUAGUUUCUCCCUCCACCAUCUUCACAUCUCCCACCUCUGCAAGUUUCUCAGCCUUAUCGCCUUCGAUUUCCAGGCGACCCAGCUGCUGUCCUCACCUUAUACGUCCUCUCAACUCGGUCAAUUUCUCUGCUCAGAGCACUGUGCGAAAGCGGCCCUUACGGACACCAAAGAGAUAGGACCGGGGAAGAAGUGCAAAAACCAAGAUAGAGUGAUUACGCCUCAUUUCAGGACUUCAAUGCUUGGUACUGUGAAAACACAAUGGAAUUCAAAUGUGUGCAUCUAUGAUACGUUCUUCUUUCAUUUGUGUUGGAGAAGGCUAGUGUGGACUAUUAUUACAUGACUUGUUUUUGCAACUGUAGAACUCCUGCAUCUACUCCCUUAAUAGGUCAAAAGUCUAGACAACUAGCUAAGGAACCCUGUAAAGCUUGUGACAAGGUGAAUGUUGAUGGAAUAGAAACUCAAACUACAAACAUGCUAGGAACAGUUGGUACUGAACUCAGUUUUGUAAAUCCUGAGUUAACUUGGAAGACAGCUACCAAAGGCUCUAGAACAACAACUCGACGUUCUAGGAGGGGGGUUGGAAGCUGGGCUAACAACAGUGUGUUACUGGAUGCUAGGAGUCCUCAAAGGGACGAGUUCUCUGUUUCUGAAUCUGAGAAGCAUGGUGUAGCUGUUCUUGGACGACGUUUUUCCGAUCACGUGGAGCAAGUACCAUUUAAGAAAAGGAGAGUUUUGCCUCAUUCGUCAUCACCCCUAGCUAGAAAUCAAUCUUCCUCGUUAAAAUCUAAGAAGAUCAAGAUACGUAAUGGAAAAGGUGCUUCAGGUCAAUGCUUUUCUGAAGAUUCAACGUAUGCUGUUUUCAGUCUAAAAGAUGUUGAUAACAGUUUCACAGAUGGCAAGCCUCCUAAGUUAAAAUCUGCAAAAGUACAUGUUGAUUUCUCAGGCAUUGCACUUCUUGCAGCUACUGCCUGCAGCAGUAUGAUUAAUGAUAAUUGGCACAGUAAAGAUGAGUCAAUCUCAUAUCUAUCUUCAACUGCAAAACAUAUAGAUAGUGUUGUAUCUAUGGAACUUUUGAAAGAAUCUGUGACAUCUGAGGAUGCAGUCAGCAAGUUUGUCAAAGAUCCACAAUCUGAACAGGAACCCUCAGGUGCUCAAGGCAUUCCUUCAGCUGAUUUGCUGAAAGCUGACGAUGUUAGUGAAAGUGAGGCAGUAAACCAAUCUGAUUCUGUGAAAUAUGUCAAGUUACACUGGGACUUGAACACUGAAAUUGAGGCAUGGGAAAAACCCUCUGAUGUUCCAUUUCUCAACAUUCAAAAUGAUGCUUUAAGCUCUCCUGAUGGUGGCAACCACAGUGAAAGGCUGCAGAAACUGGAAGGUUCAGACAUGUGUGGGUACCCUGGGCUUCCUCUGACGUCUCUCGGGCAGUAUCCUGUUGAUAGAAAGUUGUGCAUUGUGGAUAAUUCAUCUAGUGAAAUAUUGGAUAUGUCUUCUCUCAAUGGUAUCAUGCAAACUAAAGAAAAUUAUACUCUGCAGGAUGGUCAAUCCCAAAUUCACCAUGUUGUUUCCAUUGGUGCUUGCUCGGAUCCUCUAAUUGAAGGAAAGGUCACUAACAUGGAGGGUAUUAAGCAUGUGGAGGAACGCACGGUACCUCCUGGUUUCCCUGAAAUGCUCAAAACAGAGGCCUGCCAAAUGGUAACAGACGAGUAUUCAUUGAAUAAGUCGGGUAUAAUGAGUUCUUUUCAUGAAUCACUUGAGCAUCAUGACAGUUUGUAUGUAUUGGAUGCUACUGGUGGAGGAAGACAGAUUGUCCUAGCUGAAAAUGUUCCGAGUCAAGACAAAGAAGCUGCUACUCCUGAUUAUUUGCAGUCCAACAAGUCUUCUGAUAAGCCUACAACGAGUUCUGCUUUUAAUAAUGGAGAGAGUAGUUGCAAGGUUUCUAAUGAGAUGAUGACUGAGAUUCAAACAGGUUACGAGUCACCCUUCGAAGAUGGUGAGCUGAGGGAGGAUCCUAUCUUAUCUGUGGAGGGGAAUGAAGUUGAAGGUGAAAUUGAGUGUAUGGAUAAUGGCGAAAAUCUGGAAGCUGAACAUAAUGCUUCUAAUUGUUGCCCACCUGAAUUUAGUUCCCUUAAUUGCCAGAUUGUCAGGAAGGGGGAUUCACCUGAGAAUGUUGUGCAAGAUGGAAUAGGUGAUGAAAUGAAGGAACUGACACAAUCAACUAGCUCAAAUACUAAAUUCUCAGGACGAGAUCAACUGCCUGAAGGUUGUGAACCUUCAAGUGGUAGAAGUGUUGCCACAAAGGUUAUUAGCUUAAGUCACACUUUUGUGUACAAUUCUAUUGAUGAAUCACAUGAUGAUAAAGCCAAGGCAUCUGAAGGAAAGAGAUUGUUUUCGCACUUGGAAGGAUCAUCACGAUCUGAUGUCUUGCACUGGAAGGAUGCUGUUUAUGCUAGACCCAAUAACCUUGAUAAAGCAUGUGUGCAAGAUGAAAGGGAGUCUGGGUCAGACGUCCGGAGAGUGAGCUCUUUGCAAUGCAGAGACCAAAAGGAGGAGGAUUGUACUGGUUCUCUGGGGGAUUAUUGGGGUUCGAGGAGCAACAAUUAUUUAUCUAGUUAUCGCCCACUAGAUACAGACUACUACUCCAGGCAAAAUGAUUCCAAACCUAGGGGAUCAAAUUAUACUGGUCAGAGACGACCUAUAACUUAUUCCUCUAAAGGGCCGCAUAGACCUUCCCUCACUAGAUCACCAGUAAACAGGGAGGGUCAUUAUGUUGAACACAGGAGAAUGGUUUCACUGAGAGAUGAUAGCAGGAACAGCAGAACCAGAGGCAGCAGACAUGGCAUUUCUCCUGUUUCUGUCAGAGGUGCUGAUUUUUCUAGACCUCACCCAAAAUCCAGAUCACGGUCUAGAACUGGAUCACCUCCUGUAAGGCAUUUGCAAAGGGAAAGAACUAUGGGAGCCAAGCGCCACAGUAGGUCGCCAGAUUUAAGGUUUGAGGCCAGAGUGGAGAGGAAGUGGCCAUCCUUCGCCAAGUAUCCUUCAAAAUGGACUGAUAACCGAAAUGAUGAUGCUGAUCGUUUCAGUAGGAGAUCUCCUGGAAGAAUGUUUAAACGGAGCCAUAGGUUUGAUCGGUUGGAUUCUACUGAAAGGACGGAAUUUGAUGACAAUUCUAGACGCAUGGGUUUUCCAGGAAGGUUUAAUAAUUUGACUGGUAGGGGAAGCAAGUACGACGGCUGUGACGACGGUAGAAGAAAAUAUUCUGACAAAUAUGAGAUGAUUCAUCGGGUCAGGCGCUACGACAGUAAUGGUGAGAUUAAGCGGUUCCGAUAUGAUGCUGAAGGUUUAGAAGAUCAUAACAUCCAUGAUGAGAAUAAGUUCAGUAGGAGCAGUGACAGAAGAGAUAUAACCAAGAAGAGCACUAGGAAAGAAAGAGGUCCUUCCAGAUAUAGCAGUGGCAGGACGAAUACUUCUAGUCCAAAAUAUUCUGGUAUUCGAGAUUACAGUGAAGAUGUAUCACCCAAAAAAAGAUGAAUUCUCUUGCUAUGCAAUCAUAAGAUGCCUUUGUUUUGGGUGCUUCAGCAGCAUUUUAAGGCUUCAAAAGGAUUAGUUUUAUUUUUUUCUGUGUUAGUUUAGCAGAUAGUAUUUCAGAGUCCUAACUGAUUUAGGUUAUAAUAUUGUUUGAAUAGGCCGAGGUUGCUCAGCUAGUAUUUUACUAUUUUGUCCCCUCUUGGCCAGCUUUCAAGAGAGAUGCAAUGUUUAGAUGCUUAUUUUAUUACCUGGAAGUUGUUAUAAGCAAAGGAAAACGAUUCACCAAGUAAUUUUUGUCCAUAUUCAAACAAUGAUA